UGUGUGCAGUGCAGAGGGUGUGUCCUGCAGAGGAGGGGUCUGAGACUGGGAGGGUCCAGCCUGCAGUCUGUGCUCUGCUGUUGCUGCUGGGGUUGGCUGUGGAGUCUGAUAGUGGUGCUCGUAGGGACUGUGGAGUCAACUACUGCACCUCUAAAGAGAAGGAGGGGAGGAAUCUGCAGCUGUCUCUCCAUUAUCACCACAUCCCGCUUGGAGCUGAGCUCUGGUCCGACUUCAAUCACUGUGUCACAGGAAUACAGGGAGACAUCAUGGGAGGCAAAGUUAGCAGAAAGAAGAAGACAUAUGACGUGAGUGACCCAAAGGCCAACAAGGAAGAGGUGGCAGCAGUGACUGCUAAAGAGAAAGAUGGAAAAGCAGAGGCCGACAGUGUGGCCAAAGACGACGCAGCGCCACCUGCAGAGGCGGCGGCUGAGGCUGCUAAAGCUCCGGAAGAGACCGGUUCGGGGCCUCCAGAAGAAGCGUCCACUGUAGGUCCAGAGGACGCUGUUCAAACAGUAAAAGCAGCAGCUGAUGCUGCAAACGACGAACCUGCUGUAGUCGAGGAUAAACCUCCUGCUGUUGAGGAAGCAGCUCCGGUAUCAGGAGAACUCGCUGCAGCAGCAAAAGAGGCAACUGUUGUUGCAGAGGAACCAGUUGUAGUGAAAGAGGAAUCUGAUCCAGUAGCAGCAGAACCGGUUACUGCAGCAGUGGAAGAAGAUGUUGUCAAGGCAGAGGAGUCUGUUCCAAAAGCAACGGAACCUGAAGUGUUAGCUCCCUCAGCAGUCGUGGAAGAAACGGUCGCAACCACAGAGUCGGCUCCUGAAAAACCCGUUCUGGUAACAGAGGAGAAGGAACAAGUUAUGGAGGAAUCGCCUCUUCCAGCAGUCGAAGAUAAACCUGCAGGAGCCGCUGAAUCAGUUGAGCCUGAAGACGUUGCUGCAGUUUCUCCCGUGUGCAUUGAACCUGAGAAAAUUGAGCCGGAGCCCGUCUCCGAAACGCCUGUUGUCCCCGAAUUAACUGUGGACGAGACAGUGAAACCAACUGUAGAGCCGGUAUUGGAACAAGCUCCAGAACCAGAAACUAUUCCUGAGCCGGUAUCGGAACAAGCUCCAGAACCAGAAACUAUCCCUGAGCCAAGGAUGGAGCAAGAACCUGCUCCAGAGCCAGUGGAAUCUGAGCCAGAACAAAAACCAGAGCAAGCUCCAGUGUCAGAACAAUUACAGGAACCAGAGCAAGAGUCAGCAGAACCUUCUACGCCAGAACCACAGAAAGAACCUGAGUCCGAUCUGGUGCAAGAACCAGAACCAGAGUCUGUGGAAUCAUCUGAGCCCGAUCUAAAACCUGAGCCGCUUCCUGAACAAGAGAAAGUAGCCGAUGUGGAUGUGGUGCAAGAACCAGAGUCUGAUUCUUUACAAGCGUCUGAACCAGAGCUGCAACAAGAACAAUCCCCUGAACCUGAGGCAGUACCGGAGAACCAACCAGAAGAAGUUGAGCCUGAGCCAGUUGUGGCGGGAAUAGAGUCUGGUGGACAUGAUGAAACUGUGGAGGCACCGGCGUCUGAGGCCUUGGAGCCUAAAGCGGCAGCACUCGCUCCUGAGAUCGUCAUCUCGGAGUCUGUGUCUGCCUCCAGUCUAAACGACGAAGCUGAGCACGCACCCGAAGCGUCUGCGGAGGAGGUCCCUCUUCCGGAGGUUGAGGUCCAGAGCAAGAUGGAGAACGGAGAUACGGGGAGUGCGUUCGCUCCGGCAGACGUAGCAGACGUGGACGCCGCUCCAGCUGUGAACGGAGAUUGCACAGUUUCACCUGUCACAGAGACACAGGGCUGUGUGAACGGCAAAGAGGAGCCGACAGAGAAGCCCGCCAAGCUGAGUGACUGUGAACUGAAAAAAGACGUCCAGGAGGUUCCUGACGACAUGGUGGAGAGCCCGGGCACUGAGGUCACCCUGUCAGUGUGAAGAGCAACAAUCAUUACAGUCGGUGUCAAUCUUCCUGUGGUGCAGAAAAGGCCCAUCACGGUAUCAUAAAUGCAGCUAGGAUCUCGGAAAAAAAGGCCGAAACCACAGCAGUGUUUUCGGUGGUGAAAAAAAAAAAAAAGGUGUUGCCUUUAAAUAAACAAAAUGAUUUGGUGUCACUUUAGUAUAGAGAGAGAGAAAGAGAGAGAGAGAGAGAGAGAGAGAGAGAGAACAGGCAGAAAGUAAGAGAUACAGUAGAAGAGAGCGCAUCGGAGGUGAAGACGUGGGGUGGUGUAGGUGCAGAGUAGAGAGCUCAACAGAACAAGACAGUCCAUAGAUAAUAUAAAUGAAUGGAAUGAAACCAUCUGUCCCAGUGUGCGUGUACAUGUGUGUGUGUGUGUGUGUGUGAGCCCAGUGGCUUUAACAAAGUUGUUUCGGAACAACAUCCAUCAUGUAACCUGAGUAUGACUUUCAUAUAACCUUUCUAAUACUGACACGAAGAAAAACCACAUUCAAAGUUUCGGUCUUUUUUUAAUAACGGAACCUGUGAGUGCUGUUAUUUUAAAAUGUUGCAAAUAGAGAAUAAAGGAGAGUUUGUUAUCGUCUA